AUUCUCCGCUGCUGCCUCGGGUGGGCAUCUGUCCGGGUUAUGGAUGCUGCUUCUUUCUUUUCCCCCCCGAUUGUGCUGUUUUACCCCCGUCUCUGUCUGACCUUCCUCAAUCAUGACUGGUCGAGACUCUGAUAAGGGGCAUCGCUAUGUUACGGCCCUGGACAACGCGCGCUGCCAGAACAAGUGGGAUGAAGUUCCCGAGCUGAUUCGCAAGGUCACCAAACAUGCUCCUCAAAAAACAUGUUUCCUCGAGGUAGCCAGUACCGAAUACCAGAUUGCCUCACACCUACAGAAGCAUCCGUCCACUCCCCGCCCGGCCUCCGCGUCCGGUCUCCACGACCUGAUUCCAACACUCCUCUCCACCGUGAACAGGGCCGAAGGAUCCAAGCAAGAGGUAUUUCAGGCGCAGGUCUGCCUGGGAUGGGUACACUGGACAGUCAAUGAGCUAGGCUUGGCAGUAUCUCGGUUUCCUCAUGAUUUUGGAGACACCCUGAAUGAACUCGAGCACGCAGGAGAAGAGCUGUCGCCAUGGACCAAGACAUGUUUCGUCAAGGCUUGCUAUCUCAAGGGUUCUGCACAACGCAUGACUUCCGAUCCCUAUGGCGCCUUGGAAACCCUUCAUUCGCUUGCACCAUGGCUGAACAGUCAGCUUCAGUCCUCUACGAACAGCCCACAGUUUAUCUACUGGUCCGAGAAACUAUUAGCAGAAGCCGCAUCACUGGCUGGCGAGGAAGCCUGCAAGGACAUUGCUGCUGCUAAUGCGCAAACGAUAGCCACCGCCCUGGGGUUCUUCAGGCUGUGGGCGUCACAUCCUCAAGUCAAGCUAGUGGCUUUGCCUCAAGGCAUUCUUAUGGAUGGCCUCGCUGAGCCCAAUUCGAGAGCACCAUUAUGGAAGUCGUACUACAAUCUUCUGUCAUCGAUCCUGCAACAGGGUCUACCAUACAGCCCCCCUGCCAGCGGCCCCGAGCGCCCACAGCUUGCCAGUGAGCUCCGGCGCGUUGAGUCUCUUUGUGAAGCAAGCAUCUUGCGUGAAACAAAGUUUCCCACAGCUAAUUCGAACAGCCCCGAAAUCGAAGCUUGGGUCGAGCAAGUCAUCCAGAACUGGGAGGUGCUUUGCGGCUCUAACUGGACGGAUGAAGAGCUCGGAGAAGGUGGCCAGAAUUCUGUUGGUAGAAAUGUGCUUGAUAUCCUUUACCGUGCUGCUACCAAGACCUAUCACUCGCACCUGAUUCUCCGGCGUCUUUUCCAUGUGCACUGUGCACUUGCCGAUUACGAUCUUGCCUUGAGGGCGCUCGAUUCCUAUAUUGAGAUAGUCACAAGUGCCAAAGAGAGGGCAGAAAAGGCAGCCCAGUAUGGAGACCUGGAGAAUGAUGGGACCCUGCUGCGCACGGUGUCAGAGGGCGUCACGAUGUUGAGCUGCUUUGGCUCUGAAAAGGAGGCCGAGAAAGCCAAGGAUCUCACGUCCCUCUUGAAGGAGUUUUCUGCGAAGCAUGUACAGGAUGACGAGAAUGGAGAGCAGGGCAUAAUUCUUAUAGCGCCCGAAACAAGCUCGACUCGCUCCCAAUCCGUUUCCCCCUCGGACAUCGCUGCAGCUUAUAGGGGCAUUGGUAUAGGGCUUGCUACUUGGGCCUACUGGACCCCGGUCAACGAGGACCGGGAUGACAUCCGGGCCGAAGCCAUUGACUACCUUGAGAGGAGUUUGGCGCCAGAGCUUGAAGAUGAGUCCAACUGCUCCUCUCUCUAUACGCUGGCUGUUCUCCUUGCCGAGAACCGGGAUUUAGACGGCGCCAUCGACUACGUAAAGUCAGCAUUGACAUCGGAUGCGCAGCAUAAACCGGGACAGGCCGACUUUGCCCGGGAGCGAGAUCUUGUGCCUCUGUGGCAUUUGCUUGCUCUUUUACUAAGUGCGAAGCAGGACUUCGACAUCGCGGAACGCUCGUGUGAAGCCGCGUUUGAGCAAUUUCCCGCGACCGUGACAUCUCUAGCUCAUAGCGAUCGACGACCCCAAAAGCAAAACCAGAGUGGCCAAGACCAAAUCACGGGCAUAACUCAUGAGCUGAUUGACAAGCUGCGAGACCGCGAGAAGGAGCGCAUUAUUGAGACUCGGAUGACCCAAUUGGCGUUUGUGGAACUGGUUGAGGGCCCUGGAGCUGCUGUUAACCAUAGCGAGCAACUCCUCAGCCUAUUCGCCACUCUUUUCCACUCCCUGAACCCUGAAGGGGACGAGAAGAGCAAUACCAAGACCGACCAUCUCGUUCCCCCCAAAAGCUCUGCCGGGACUGUGAAAAGUCUUCGCGGAAGCAUCUUUGGACGGCACAGAGGGCCCCGUGGACCUGACCGGAGGGCAGAGUUUGCCCCGGAAUCCAAGACAGAGAGCCCCGACUCAGCGUCGCAUGGGUCCUCAGCCAAUACCGAUUCCGCACCGGCGAUACAGGUCACAGAUGGAGAGAAGCCUGCUUCGAACGACAGCCCGGCCGGUCAAUUACGCACAAGGAGCAGUACAUUGAAGAAGGGCGACGACGCCCAAAAUCCGGUCGCAAGUUAUGUCAACGGCGAUGUCGGGACUCCGGCUGGACCUGGAGCCGGCGACGUAACUCCAGACGUGUCUGGGGUCGCCGUGUCCGACGCGGCUCAGUCGCAGAGCGCAAAGCAGCCACUGCGGCCUAUGGCCCAUAACAUGAAGCCCAACCAACAACCCCCUCCGACCGGGCAUUCCAAGCAACCGCCAGAGCAGGAUAUCCGACUGCCUACGCCCUUCGCGUUUGACUCUCCCACGCGAGCUGUGACCAAAGUCCCUCCGGCCCAGGCCCAGAAGCAUGCACUGUGCAUACUUGUUAAGGUCUGGCUGCUUAUUGCCGGGCUCUAUCGCCGGGCGUCGUCCUUUGAAGAUGCCCAGGAGGCGUGCGAGGAGGCAGCCAAGCAGGUGGCACGAGUCGAGGCUCUCGUCGCGUCACAGGAAACUUCUGCUCGCGCGUUUAGAGAGCGUGGAUGGGGCAUUCCUAAGAGCACAGAUGAGCUGUGGGCGGACGUUAAUGCAGAGCGUGGACUCUUGUCGAAUGCCCAGGCUCGUCCUCACGAAGCCAUGGAGCACUUCGAAACGGCGCUUCUGCAUUACGCCGAUCAUCCGAAGGCGACGGCUGGGCUGUCGAAUCUGCUCCUCGACAUUUAUGAUCAGAAGAUGCCCUUGCAACCGCCAAAGCCUAGCCUCGACGCCGGCAUAUCCACCUUGUCCGUGUCCUCCCCGAGCAAGGCAAACAAACCGUUGUCGGAAGAUGAUGUGAAGCGGUCCGACCAAGCGGGCACUCCGGAGGCUAAGCCUCUCGCCGACUCCGACGACGAGGAGCCCCGGCUCUUGAACCGCAUAGCGGCUCGCGAGCGAGCCUUCGGCCUGCUCUCCGGGCUGACGAAGCGUGGCAGCUCCUGGGACAACACCGAGGCGUGGUAUGCCCUCUCCCGGGCGUACGAGGCGGAGGGGCGGAUCCAGAAACUGAAGGAGGUGCUGUGGUGGUGUAUCGAGCUCGAGGAUCGGCGCCCCAUCCGACACUGGUCCAACAUCGGCUCGGGUAUAUACGUCCUCUGAGUUUUGUAUCUACUCUGGUCGCACGAGCUAUUCUGUGGCAUUUGACAUUUGGCAUUUGGUUGACGCGAUACCUUGGCGAUAUCCUCGUGUGAAUAAUUAGAGCAUGGGCUACUGUAUAGAAAUGGCAGGUAAUUGGGGAUAGUGUUUCAAAACGGAAAGUAG